AUGGCGAUGUUUCAGGUGCCCACCAGGCCAGCGGGUCAUGUCCACGUGGAGUUCAAAGCUGGACGUAUGGAUUGGGAUGGUAGGAUGGUGACGGCAGAUAAGCGAAAGGGCAAGAUUCUGCUCUACACCUCCGAAGAUGACCAGCUGACGCAUUUCCAAUGGAUGGAUCGAGACAAGAAUGAAGUAGUCACGGAUUUGAUCGUCAUCAAUGAUGCGUACAUGGAGAGGAUCCAGAAGUGCACAACAGGCCGAGUGUACAUCCUUCGCUUCACUUCCUCGGACAAGAAGAUGUUCUUUUGGAUGCAAGAGCCAAGCGAGGAGAAAGAUGAGGACAACAUCAAGAAGUUCAAUGAGGCCAUUGGCGCUACAAUCCCAGACAAGAGUGAGAAGAAGCCAGAAGAGGCUGCUGCGCCCGCGGCACCGGCAGAAGCAACCUCUGGCGCUGAUCCCAGCAGUAGCCCCGGCGGUGACAGUGGCGACCCCAGCAGUGGCGGCGCUGCUGCCCCUGGACCCGCCUAA